UUCAUUUCAGGAGGAGAGGACAAAGAUACUCAGAGAGAAAGAGUAAAGGACAGAAGAAGGAGACUGGAGAGACCAGGAUCCUUCCAGCUGAACAAAGUCAGUCGCAAAGCAGACUAGCCAGCAGGCUACAAUUGGAGUCGGAGUGCCAAAGACAUGGGCUUGUUAGAGUGCUGUGCAAGAUGUCUGGUGGGGGCCCCCUUUGCUCCCUGGUGGCCACUGGAUUGUGUUUCUUUGGAGUGGCACUGUUCUGUGGAUGUGGACAUGAAGCUCUCACUGGUACAGAGAAGCUAAUUGAGACCUAUUUCUCCAAAAACUACCAGGACUAUGAGUAUCUCAUUAAUGUGAUUCAUGCUUUCCAGUAUGUCAUCUAUGGAACUGCCUCUUUCUUCUUCCUUUAUGGGGCCCUCCUGCUGGCUGAGGGCUUCUACACCACCGGCGCAGUCAGGCAGAUCUUUGGCGACUACAAGACCACCAUCUGCGGCAAGGGCCUGAGCGCAACGGUAACAGGGGGCCAGAAGGGGAGGGGUUCCAGAGGCCAACAUCAAGCUCAUUCUUUGGAGCGGGUGUGUCAUUGUUUGGGAAAAUGGCUAGGACAUCCCGACAAGUUUGUGGGCAUCACCUAUGCCCUGACUGUUGUGUGGCUCCUGGUGUUUGCCUGCUCUGCUGUGCCUGUGUACAUUUACUUCAACACCUGGACCACCUGCCAGUCUAUUGCCUUCCCUAGCAAGACUUCUGCCAGUAUAGGCACUCUCUGCGCUGAUGCCAGAAUGUACGGUGUUCUCCCAUGGAAUGCUUUCCCUGGCAAGGUUUGUGGCUCCAACCUUCUGUCCAUCUGCAAAACAGCUGAGUUCCAAAUGACCUUCCACCUGUUUAUUGCUGCAUUUGUGGGUGCUGCAGCCACACUGGUUUCCCUGCUCACCUUCAUGAUUGCUGCCACUUACAACUUCGCCGUCCUUAAACUCAUGGGCCGAGGCACCAAGUUCUGAGCUCCUGUAGAAACUCCCCUGUCUAAUUGCGAGGCUCUAACCACACAGCCUACAGUGUUGUGUCUCCUGUCUUAACUCUGCCUUUGCCACUGAUUGGCCCUCUUCUUACUUGAUGAGUAUAACAAGAAAGGAGAGUCUUGCAGUGAUUAAUCUCUCUCUGGACCCUCCCUUUUCUGUACCUCUUUUGCUCAUUUUGCUCCACAGCUGCUUCCUGCUAGAAGUGGAGAGCGCCUGAGAAGGCGCUUCUCCAGCUGCAAGUCACAGAGGAACGAAAGCUCUAAUUCAAUUUGGGAGCAUCUCCUAAAGACCAAGAUGUACUUCCUUCACAAAGGGCAUUUCCGUUGAGAAAAACAAAGCGGAAAGAAAGAUUCUCAGGGAGAGAGCAGGAAUGCCCUUGGUCUCCUUGCCAUCAAUAGGAGCCAGCUAUAUUCUCCUUGAUGCCCCAAACCAAGAACUCACCCUUAUCUUCCUAUUUCCAUUGAAGACAGAAACAAAGGAAAGAAUGCUAGCAAAGCAAUAGCACUUGCCCAAAUCUGCCUCCUGCAGCUGGGAGACAGGGGUCAAAGCAAGGAUCUUUCACCCUUAGAAAGAGAGCUCCGACCCCAAUGGCAGUGGACUAUGUAAGCCCUAAUUCAACCAACCUUACGGCAUCAGGGAGCCCAGUGUAGACAAAGGGGCAAAGUCUGUCCUUACACCGCAUUAGGAAGAGAAACAGUGCUGUCAGGCUCUGCUCACUCCCUUCUCCUUGAUAACAGCUACCAUGACAACCCUGUGGUUUCCAAGGAGCUGAGAACAGAAGGAAACUAGCUUUCAUGAAAUAAGACUGUGACCUAAAGAGCAGCAGUUGGCGGAGGCUAAAGGUGUAGCUUAAGAUGGCUCUCGGCUAGAUGCAAGAUAGUUAACUCUUUGGAUAGAAUAUCUUUUUUUUUUUCUGUCGGUUAAUUGUGUCCUCUGGCCUCUGGCAUAUCUUCACAAUGGUGCUCUUUUCCUGGGGUUUUAGCUAUUCACUAGAGCAGGUGAUUUGAAGAUCUUGAUUAGUCAGAAGGAUUCAUGUCGUACCUUUUCUAAUUCUUUAGCUCUUGUUGGGAGUUAGAUCAGAAAGAUCUGGAAAAUGAGUUUUGAUUGCAGUUCUUUUUGAAAAAAGAAACCUGGACAGUAAGCAUCACAAAAAAAUAUUUCAAAUUGUCUAGUCCCAUGAAUUUAUUUGGAUUUUCCACAAGCAUUAUGCCAUUUGUAGAAAUCGGCUUGGUAAAUUUGAAUCUCAAUUUGAAUAAGCUGUCUAGUAUUUUCUUUUCUAACAAAUGACAAAUGACUUUACUUGCUAAUGGCAUCUUGGCAUUUUGAGAAUUAGGCUUAGCGUAGAAGUUAUUGUUUCUUGGUGUAUAUAUAGGUCACAUAAUAGAUUGUACUAGCUGCCAGCCGUUCAUUUUUUAAGCUUCCAUGGAGAUCUGGAGACAUGGAGAGGACAGACAGAAAGAACUAGAAACCUCAACUCCCAGAUUUCAAGUAUCUGGGAUUUGUUAACUUUGGGAUUAAAAUUAAAAAAAAAAAAAACUCUGAUCUAUUUUCAUUGAAGGAAAGGUUAUUAUAGAUCUUUCAUUACAGACUUCUGUCGUCCUUAUUCCCCAAAGUGGUUUCUGCCAUGUUGAAGGACUUGAUAAGAAGACAGUGAAGACUUGUUCUUGGGCCAGUAUGUAAGAUAACUAGGGUAUACAAGAGUGAGGAGAGGGGAAAGGAUCUGUGAGAAACCAAUCAAAAUCAAGGAAAGUGGAAUAAUCUCUAUCUUUUAUUUUGUUUUGAUUUAAUAACAUAACCAGCUGUUCCCUACAAACCUCACAUGCAUGCACACACACACGUACAAAGAGAGUUAAUCAACUGCAAGUGUUUCCUUCAAUUCUGAUAGAGAAUUUUGAUUUUAACAACAUAAAGAAUAAACUUUUAGAAACUCAUCUUACAAAAUGUAUUUUAUAAAAUUAAAGAAAAUAAAAUUAAGAAUGUUCUCAAUCAAA